GCCCUGGUGCUGGGGCGCGGCGCGGCGCAGUGCGCGGCCGGGAGGAGCCGGCGGGGCCGGGCGCUGCUUGCCCGGAGCGCGGUUCCCGGUACCCGGUACCCGGUGCCCGGAGCGCGGCCGCCAUGAACAGCAUCAAGAGCGUGCCGGCGAGGGUGCUGAGCCGCCGCGGCGGGCACAGCCUGGAGGCGGAGCGGGAGCAGUUCGACAAGAACCAGGCCAUCAGCAUCAGCAAAGCCAUCAACACACAAGAAGCACCAGUGAAGGAGAAACAUGCCCGACGGAUCAUCCUGGGGACUCACCACGAGAAGGGAGCGUUCACCUUCUGGUCCUACGCCAUCGGGCUGCCCCUGCCCAGCAGCGCCAUCCUCAGCUGGAAGUUCUGCCAUGUCCUACAUAAGGUGCUGCGUGACGGCCACCCCAAUGUCCUCCAGGAUUGCCAGCGGUACCGCAGCAACAUCCGAGAGACAGGGGAGCUGUGGGGCCAUUUACAUGACAGGUAUGGGCAGCUGGUGACCAUCUACACACGGCUCCUGCUCGUCAAGAUCUCCUUCCACAUCAAGCAUCCCGAGUUCCCCCCGGGCCUCGAGGUGCCGGAUGAGGUGCUGGAGAAGACAGCAGGGACGGAUGUGAACAACAUCUUCCAGCUGACGGUGGAGCUGUUUGACUACCUGGACUGGGAGCUGAAGCUGUCGGAGUCAGUUUUCAGGCAGCUCAACACGUCGAUGGCCGUGUCGCAGAUGUCAGCAGUGCAGUGCCGCCUGGCCCCCCUCAUCCAGGUCAUCCAGGACUGCAGCCACCUCUACCACUACGCCGUCAAGCUGAUGUUCAAGCUGCACUCCUGUCUGCCGGCCGACACGCUGCAAGGCCACCGAGACCGCUUCCAUGAGCAGUUUCGCAGCCUCAAAAACUUCUUCAAGAAGGCAUCGGACAUGCUGUAUUUCAAGCGGCUCAUCCAGAUCCCGCGGCUGCCAGAGAGCCCCCCGAACUUCCUGCGGGCGUCCGCGCUGGCCGAGCACGUGAAGCCUGUGGUUGUCAUCCCUGAGGAAGCCCCCGAGGAUGAGGAGCCGGAGAACCUCAUUGAGAUAAGCACAGCUUCCACCGUGGAGCCACAGGUCACCUCAGAUCUAUUUGACCAAACCUUUGGGCCUCCCAAUGGCAUUCGGGAUGACAGGGAUGCACAGAUCGAGAGCCUGAAGAAGGAGGUGGAUGUGCUCCGUGCAGAGAUGGAGAAGAUUAAACUGGAGGCGCAGCGGUACAUCACACAGCUCAAGGCACAGGUCAACAGCCUGGAGGGAGAAGUGGAGGAGCAGCGCAAGCAGAAGCAGAAGGCGCUGGUGGACAACGAGCAGCUGCGGGAUGAGCUGGAGAGGCUGCAGAGGGUGAAGCAGGACAGCGACAGGUCCCAGCGGCUCUGCGCCGAGGCAGAAAAGAAAGCCACCGCCACCGAGAUCCGCUACACGAAGCUGAAGGAGAAGCACAGCGAGCUCAUCAACACACACGCUGAGCUCCUCAGGAAGAAUGCUGACACUGCCAAGCAGCUGACAGUCACGCAGCAGAGCCAGGAGGAGGUGGCACGUGUCAAGGAGCAGUUGGCCUUCCAGGUGGAGCAGGUCAAGCGAGAGGCAGAGAUGAAGCUGGAGGACCAGAGCCUGCAGAUGGAGCAGCUGCGGCAGGAGCUGGAUGCCCGGCGGGAAGAGCUGGAGCAGGCGCAGCGCUCGCUCAGCCACGCCAAGCAGGCAGGCACAGAGCUCAGUGCUCAGGUGGAGGCCCUGCACGCCGAGAAAGAGGUGCUGAGGCGGUCGGUGAGUGAGAAGGAGCAUGAGCUGCUCUCCACACGUGGCCUCAUUGAGGAGAAGGAGCUGCAGCUGAGCCAGGAGGCGGACAAGACCUCAAGGGAGAUACGAGAGCUGCAGGGCAGGCUCCUGGAGAAGAGCAACCAGGAGCAGAGCCUGCAGCAGAAGCUGCUGGACGAGCAGUUCAUCAUCCUGCAGCAGACGGUGCGGGAGGCAGAGGACAUCCUCCGGGACGCUGUGGCCAAGCUGGAUGAUCCACUGCACAUCCGCUGCACCAGCUCCCCAGAUUACCUGCUGAGCCGGGCGCAGGCAGCGCUGGAGUCCACGGAUGCCCUGGAGAACGGGCACGCGCAGUACGUGGCCUCCAUGGCAGAUGCUGCGGGGCUGGUGGGGGCUCUGGCCCUCUUUGCACACUUGACGGCCGACACCAUUGUGAAUGGCAGUGCCACGUCCCAUCUGGCUCCCACUGACCAUGCUGACCGGCUGAUGGAGACGUGCCGGGACUGUGGGCAGCAGAGCCUGGAUUACCUGGGCAAGCUGAGGGACAAGCAGACCCUGGGAUGUGCUGAGCUGGGAGACGUGCGGCGGGCGCUGCGAGGGGUCCUGCACCUGGCCCAGGAGCUGAGGCCCAAGAGCUUGGACAUCAAGCAAGAAGAGCUGGGGGACAUGGUUGAGAAGGAGAUGGCCUCCACCUCCAAGGCGAUUGAGGAUGCUGUCAGGAGGAUAGAGGAGAUGAUGAGCCAGGCCAGAAACGAGAGCUCUGGUGUUAAGCUUGAAGUGAAUGAGCGGAUUCUGAACUCCUGCACGGACCUCAUGAAGGCCAUUAGACUGCUUGUAAUGACAUCUACGAACCUCCAGAAGGAGAUAGUAGAAAGUGGCCGGGGGGCAGCAACAACUCAGGAGUUCUAUGCCAAGAACUCUCGCUGGACCGAAGGGCUGAUCUCUGCCUCCAAGGCGGUGGGAUGGGGAGCCACGCAGCUCGUGGAGUCAGCAGACAGAGUUGUCCUGCACAUGGGCAAGUACGAAGAGCUCAUCGUCUGCUCCCAUGAAAUCGCUGCCAGCACAGCCCAGCUCGUAGCUGCCUCCAAGGUAAAAGCUGAGAAGAGCAGCAGGAACCUGGGCAAGCUGCAGGAGUGCUCACGCAACGUCAAUGAGAUGGCGGCCAAUGUGGUGGCUUCCACCAAGUCAGGGCAAGAGCAGGUUGAGGAGAAAGACACCAUGGACUUCUCGGGCAUGUCGCUCAUCAAGCUGAAGAAGGAAGAGAUGGAAACACAGGUGAAGGUGCUGGAGCUGGAGAAGCGCCUGGAGGGCGAGCGGGUGCGCCUGGGCGAGCUGAGGAAGCAGCACUAUGCCCUGGCCGGGACCUACAACACGGAAGAGGACGGGGAGGCAAAGCCAGCACCAGCCCCUAGGAGAGGCAUCCUCAAGAAGCCCCCCUUGGCUCAGAAACCCGGACACGGGGAGCCCCAGCGAGACGCCGGCUCGUACCCACCUCACAUCUAACAGGGGCUGGCUGGUACCCAUCCACCAGCUCACGCUGCCUUCGCGCUCGUGUGCCUUCCUGCGCCGGGCCCUCCUCCCGCCCGCAAAACUGGAGUUUUCUAAGGAAUUCUUUAUUUUUAUUUGUAUUUUUCUUCACUUGAUUUUUAUCUACUGGGGGGGGGGAAUGGGGGGCUCCCCCAGCCCUCUCCUCCUCCUCCAGGUUAAUUUAAUGUGGGGUUCGUUUGGGUUAUAUUCUUUUGUAAGGACUCUGUCAAUCAGCACUAGAAGUACCUGUAGCUCUCUACUGUACUGCUCGGACCCUUUCCAAGAGCUGUUUUUAAAGUAGGAAACUUGGGCUUUUCCUUCAGCCGUUUUUUAAUCCCCCUUUCCCAGCCUGAGGAAUAACGGGGCUUCGUUUCGGCGUGGGAUCGGCCCCUCCAUGCCGAGGGAGGCGUUAGCCUGAACCGGCACACGGAGCAGGGCUUUUGUAAAGGGAAAAAGCAGCUCCCGGCACACACUGGCAAUAAGGAUGCAACCAUUGUGUUGUCCUGUCCUAUUUUUUAGCACCGCAGCACUGUCGGGAUCAGUUGCGUUCUGUUUUAUAUGGAAGAGAUGUAGCAGAAUUAAAUCCAGCCGUGGCCAAUGGGAGCCAGGGGAUGGAUGGAGGAGUCUGCAGCAAUAAGGAAUUACUGAUGGGGGGAGAUGCUGGGGUUUUGGGGGGAGAGGGCAGAAGAAAAGGUCCUGUCAGCUCUAUCUUCCCUUGGAGCUACUACCAUGAUAGAGAUUAUUAAAGAAGCAAUAUUUAAAGUA